AAAGGUGUGAUGGAAAACGACAAACAUACUUGGCGAGACUCGGAUAACAUACCUAUGCGUAUGACAAAUGUCACAAGAUUAAGAAGGGUCCAUGUAGUUGCUAUAUAUAAAAGAGAGACAGCCGAGGGGUUAUCGUCGUCGUUCAUCAUCCUCACAAAACCCUAGAAGUUUCAACCUUUUUGCUAACAAACCAUGGCUUUGUUCUCCGCACCUUACGACACUGCUGCGACAGGAGUCUUCUUGGACAUAGACGAAUGUAAGAUCCCCGAGGAACUCACUGCAGCUGACAUCGUACCGAGGAUUAGACAGAAACUGUUGGAUGUUGGUCUACGUGGUCCUCCUGCUUCGAUCCGGAUUUAUGGUGAUUUGACUGGUCUUGACUUCCAAUCCCCGGAUCUAAAGCUCAAUCAAUUUCACGCAGGAGAGAAACGUGCUAAGAUGACGAAAAUAUUGGAGGACAUUGUUUCGUGGUCAGGUGAGAAUCCAGAACCAUCGGUAGGAGUACUAGUCUUGGGAGACUUAGAAGUCGCAGAUGAUGCUGACAUCGCCGAGGUUAUUCAACUUCUCCAGACUCGGAAAAAUUAUCAGUUUAUCCUUGUCUCUCCAGAAUCUCCACCCCCACCUCCUCCUCCAACUGUGGUGAUGAUUCUGAGCUCUGUUCCUCCUCGUGAUGGACUCUAGUUGUUGUUUUUAUCUAGCAAGUAUUAAUGAACUCUUUUUUAAUGAACUUUUUGAAGAGAAAUAAGUAGAGUAUUUGUUGUUAGUAAAUGUUUGGAUAAUCAAAUCCUCUUUUGGAAACUUAUGUUAUGUCUCGGAAAGCAAAAUAUAAUUAAUUAUUAGAUUUUUAA